AUUUCAACUUUCGUCUCAGUCUGCACCGCCUGUGAGAGACUAGGUUUGUUAUCUCUCUAAAAACAGAUCUGUUCCUGUGCAAACCUUCGAAAUCAAAGCUGCCGUAUCUCAGGAUCCUCCAACAGUGCGCCCGCGGCCAAUUCGCAGCGAACCCGCUUGCACCUGCACGCCGAGGAGAAGUCUACACUCGUUCUUUUCCAUUUGGUGGUAGGAGACAAAUCGGAUACGCCGCUAGUCUUGCCACUAUCAUGUAUCCACCCAUCGAACCUUAUGAAACCGGGAAGCUCAAAGUUUCCAAUAUCCAUACCUUGUACUAUGAACUGAGCGGUAAUAGAGAGGGCAGGCCAGUGGUUUUCUUACACGGGGGACCCGGUGGUGGAUGCGAUCCCAAAGAUCGCUCGUUCUUUGAUCCAACAAAGUACAAGAUCGUUCUCUUUGAUCAAAGGGGCGCCGGGAAAUCGACCCCAACAGCGUCGCUUGAAGAGAACACCACCUGGGACUUGGUGAAAGAUGUCGAGAAGCUCCGUACCCAUCUUAGUAUCGAGAAAUGGCAUGUAUUUGGCGGCUCAUGGGGUUCCACGCUUGCAUUAGCCUACGCUCAGUCGCAUCCUGAUCGUGUGCUCAGUUUGGUUCUUCGAGGUAUCUUCACGCUGCGUAAGAGCGAGCUGAAUUUCUUCUACCAAGAGGGAACCUCGCACCUUUUCCCUGACGCCUGGGACGAGUACAUCGCUCAAAUCCCUGAAGCUGAACGCAAUGACAUGGUCCUCGCAUACCACGCUCAACUAAACUCGGAGGAUAGUGAGACGCGUAUUCGCGCUGCUAAGGCAUGGUCAAAGUGGGAAAUGGCUACAUCCAAGCUCUACGUUGACCCUGCUCACAUUGCGCGCGCCGCUGAAGAUGAUUGGGCGAACGCAUUCGCCAGGAUCGAAAACCACUACUUCGUGAACGACGGGUGGAUGCGGGAUGGACAAUUGUUGGAGAAACAGGGUAUUGACAAGAUUCGUCACAUUCCUUGCAUCGUCGUGCAAGGUCGAUACGAUGUGGUCUGCCCAGCGCGUACUGCUUACGAUCUGAAGAAGAUCUGGCCAGAGAUCACCCUCCAUGUCGUGCCAGACGCUGGACACUCCUCCAGGGAACCCGGUAUCGCUAAGCUUCUCGUGCAGGCUACUGAUUCAUUUUCAGACAUUUGAGCGUUGGGCUAAUAUCGGUGGUCCGUUAUGAAGUUAAGCAUAUCAAAAUCACGUAAGAUAUAUAUCCACCUCGCUCUGGAAACAAUGUUAGGACAAUUAAUCAUGUUGUAAGAAAUCGGACAUUUAAGGGAUUGGCAUUUCGUUACAUACUACCCUGGUUCAGAUCUACCCUUCACUUCUUCACCUGAUUUUCCAACCUCCCUUUAACUUCUUCCUCAUAUCGCCGUCGGAGCACCAUUUCGCCUUGGGCCAUUAUCUCCUUUGCAAACUGCUCCAUAGUAAUGGUUGGAGUCGGCUUCAGCAGAGCUUCGUAGUUCCACGCCUUCUCUGGCUUGAUACCCUCGAUUCCCAAAAGCUCGGUUGUCAUCGUAUCGACCACAUGAACCCAUUUCACCUCCAUCUCGUCGAGAUUGCCCGUUGUCAGCAGCCAGUUCUUUAUCUCAAUAUCAUGUGCAUCCUCUUCCAUUUUUUGACCCGGCAAACAUGGGCAUGGCAAGAUUUC